AUGGAGAUCCAGGAGAUCAAAAACCGGAUGAAAGCCUACCGAUUUGUGGCUUAUUCCGCUGUCGCCUUCUCAGUUGUUGCUGUGAUUUCGGUCUGCGUAACCCUCCCAAUGGUCUACAACUACGUGCACCAUGUAAAACGGACGAUGCAGAAUGAGAUAGUCUAUUGUCGGGGCUCCGCCAAGGACAUCUGGUCCGAAGUUCGCACUCUAAAAACCGCUCUGGAACCAAUCCAAAACCGUACCGCCCGUCAGGCGUACGCGGACGCCGCAGUCCACGGCGGCGGUGGUGGCGGGAAUUGUGAAGCAUGUUGUCUCCCAGGCCCAGCCGGUCCCGCAGGUGCACCAGGAAAUCCGGGAAAACCCGGGAAACCUGGAGCCCCCGGUCUACCAGGUAACCCCGGUAAGCCACCGGUCCAACCAUGCGAACCCAUCACGCCACCACCUUGCAAACCGUGUCCAGACGGUCCAGCGGGUCCGCCAGGGCCCCCAGGACCUCCAGGAGAUGCUGGGAGUAAUGGUGCUCCAGGAGCACCGGGAGGUGAGGCACCACCCGGAGAGCCUGGACCAAAAGGACCGCCCGGACCACCUGGAGCACCAGGAGCACCCGGAGAGCCCGGAAGACCUGGAGACGACGCACCAAGUGAGCCGCUUAUUCCUGGAGAGCCUGGAUCAGCUGGACCGCCUGGACCACCGGGCGCACCGGGACCUGAUGGACAACCGGGAUCACCUGGAGGACCGGGAACACCUGGACCAAAAGGACCGCCUGGAAAUCCGGGAACCCCUGGAGCCGAUGGAAAACCUGGAGCGCCUGGACCAGCGGGACCUGCUGGAAACAAGGGAGAGAAGGGAAUCUGUCCGAAGUAUUGUGCGAUCGAUGGGGGAGUGUUCUUCGAGGAUGGAACACGACGAUAA